CGCAUUUGUUAUUUUUGCUUUCUAUCACAUCAUGAUCAGUGUCGACAUGGCUGCCUCGGUCUUCAAAUUUGUCUCCGUUUCGGCAGCAGCCCUAGUUGGCUUGUAUGCGACAUUUCUGGGGCUUCUCACGACUCAAACCUUCCAAAGGCACGUGGUAUAUUUACACAAAAUACAAAUGACCUGGUUUUCAGACCUCGACGUCCCUGAAACGUUUGGUUUCCUACGCAAUCAGGCCACACCUUUCAUACUCAAAUCGUCUGAUGGUGAGAGAUUGUACGCCUGGCAUAUUCUCCCCCUCGAAAUCUUUCGCAAGCAUGAACUUGCUCUUCUCGAAGAACCUGUUGAGCUAGUUUCCGACUUUACAUCAAAACUUGCGUUUAAGCUGCUGCGCGAAGAUCCUGACGCUCGCCUGAUCCUUCAUUUCCACGGUGCUGUUGGAACUGUUGGAUCAGGUUACAGAGUACCAAAUUAUCGAACCCUUUCAGCUGGCCAGCCAGGGAAGAUUCACGUGCUGACUUUCGACUAUCAAGGUUAUGGACGUAGUAGCGGCACACCUUCCGAGAACGGAAUUCUUCUUGAUGCUGCUGCUGUUGUGGAAUGGGCCAUCAAUACUGCUGGAAUCUCUCCCUCUAGGAUACUCAUCUUUGGACAGUCGAUGGGUACUGCCGUGGCCACCGCCAUUUCGAAUCAAUAUGCCCGGCAAGAACCUCCAGUGGUAUUCGCAGGUACUGUUCUUAUUGCGCCAUUCGUCGAUGCAGCUACCCUGGUUUCGACGUAUCGAGUAGCAGGGACCAUCCCCAUCUUAUCGCCACUCGCAACGAUUCCUACUCUCUUCAAAGCUCUCCAAGGCUUCAUACGCGAUAAAUGGUCUACGAAGGACCGAAUUGCUCAAUACGUACGUGCCAAUGAGGUAAAUGGUGAAAGCUAUCGCCUGACUAUCAUUCAUGCUGAAGACGACUACGACGUUCCAUGGUCUCAUACUCCGGAGCUUUUUUGGCAUGCUGUAAAUGCGACGGUUCCCACAGGAAUAAGCCAUGAUGAGCUGGAAGAAAAAAGGUCAGAGAUCAAGACCGAUCUCGGUGCAGCAGGAUCGGUCAUGGAAUGGUGAACAGAUAAUGGUGUCAUUCGCGAGGAAAUCUUGAAAACGGGAUUACAUGAUGUUAUCAUGGGAUACCCUAUUGUCACGAUGGCUGUGAUGCGCAUUUUCCAAGCAGUUAAUCCUUCAUUUAGUUGCUGAGGAGGUUUCAGGACUGGUGGACCAUGGUUAGCAAGCCGAACUGAUCAAAAAUAGGCUGGCUCAUUGCAGAAAUUUAAGCAUAGACUGUCCAUCGUUGUUGAUUUAUACUAUCCC